AUGGGUCGACAUUACAUCCCACUAACCAUCCCUUUUGGUUUAAAGGAGCUUUGGAAUGAAUGGAACAUCCGAGGGCCUAUUUUGUUCAGUCUCUGGCUGCAAAUCGUGCUGAUUUUUAUGGCCCCACUCAGAAAAUCCACAAGGGCAACAUGGGUAAUUUCCCUCAUCUGGUAUGCUUACUUGUUGGCGGACGUAACUGCCAAUUUUGCUCUUGGUCUCAUUUCCAACGGCCAACAGCGUAACCAAUCCAACAAUCCUGAGUCUAAACCCAAGGAGAGCAGUGAUCUGUUAGCAUUUUGGGCACCCGUUCUCAUACUGCACCUUGGCGGUCCUGAUACCAUUACUGCUUUUUCUCUCGAAGAUAAUCAACUGUGGAAAAGACACUUGCUUCUCCUUAUUUAUCAAGUAGCAACAGUUUUUUAUGUCUUCUCCCAGUCACUUCCCAACGAAAAUUUAUGGAUCCCCACAGUACUCAUGUUUAUCGCUGGAAUCAUCAAGUACGUCGAGCGGACAGUAGCUUUGAAUCUUGCAAGCUUGGACAAAUUUCUGGAUUCCAUGCUCAAACAACCGGAUCCAGGUGCCAACUAUGCCAUGCUUAUGGAGGAAUACGCUUUCAGGAAAGAAGCCGAACUUCCAGCUCGAUUAAUUCCGAUGCCAGGGCCUGAUGCAGAAUUAGAGACUUCUGAUGUUCCAACCGAGGGAAACAAUUUGAAUAAUCUCGAUGUGGUGCAUUAUGCUUUUAAGUACUUCCAAGUAUUUAAGGGACUCGUAGUCGAUCUCAUCUUCAGCAAUCGAGAACUUUAUGAGAGUCGUAAAUUCUUGAUUGGGAAGACAGCUGAAGAGGCUCUGAGGAUAAUUGAGGUUGAACUCAAUAUGAUCUAUGAUGCUCUUUAUACCAAGGUGGAAGUCGUGAAUUCUAUUGCAGGCUAUAUUUUCCGAUUCAUAGCUUUUGGGUUGGUUUUUGCUACUUUGGGACUCUUCUAUUUCCAAGCAAAGAAAGAUGAAUACCACGGAGUUGAUAUCAGAAUCACCUAUACCUUGCUCCUUGGUGCCAUUGCCCUGGAUGUAAUAUCCUUCCUCAUGCUCAUUUCCUCAGAUUGGAUAUUUGCUUCCAUUGGUCCACAUUCUUUAUGGGCUGCUCUCUUCUGCAAUUUCCUUGCUCUCAAGAAGCCUCGGUGGCACCCUUGUAAAUGUAAGAUAAAGGAUUCUGACAGUGAAAAGAAUAAUGCCAAGCAUCAUGUUUUGGCUAAUCCCCUUGUGUGUAGAAGGUGGUCUGGAUCCGUCCCAGCACACAACCUAAUAAGCUCCGUGAUCAGAAAAAACACUAUGCCCAUUGAGGAUUCUGUGGAUAAGAGAAUGAGCAAAGCAAGUAGUUUUAUAAGGUCUAUUCAAAAAACUCCUGUGUUCGGAAAAUUCCCUAUGCCCAUUAAGGAUUUUGUGGAUAAGUUGACGUAUGUGUCCAGUGAGCCAUUCACUUGGGAGCUAUGGGAAUUUAUCUUUGGCGAGCAAAAAGCUAAAUCCGAGUUUGCAGAUACUCCUGAAAGUGCCCAAUGGGUAUCCUCGGCCAGAGGUGAUUGGGUUUUGGCAGAUCAUAGCAAGUUGUUGAAAUAUGUGACUGAUGUUCAAUAUGAUGAGAGCCUUCUCUUGUGGCACAUUGCCACUGAUCUCUGCUACAACACCGAAGUGAUGGACAGUUCAUAUCGUGAAUUCAGUAAGAUUCUCUCGGAUUAG